AUGGUCCCUGUUGUUCAUCCCUACCACGCCCCUUCAUCUCCCAUCAUGGCUGUCAUCCCCACUGUCCCCAUCACUACUAUUGUCCCCAUCAUCUCUGUCAUGUCUGUCCCUAUCACCCUCAUCAUCCCUAUCAUCUCCCAUCAUCCAUCUUUAUCAUUGCCCAUCAUCCCUGUCACCCCCAUCAUCCCCAUUUUCCCCAUCACCCCCAUUGUCCCCAUAAUCCCCAUUGUCCCCACAGCCCCCAUAGUUCCCAUCAUCCCCACUGUCUUCGUUGUUUCCAUCAUCUUCAUGGUCUCCAUCACCCCCAACACCCCUAUGGUCCCCAUCACUCCCAUUGUCUCCAUCAUCCCCACCAUCCCCGAUGUCCUCCUUGCCCCCACCAUCUGCGUGCUCCCCAUCAUUUCCAUCAACCCCAUUGUCCCCAUGGCCCCCAUUGUCCCAUCACCCCUCUUGUCCCCAUCACCCUCACCAUCCCAUUGUCCUCAUGCCCCCGGUGCCCCACGGGUGCAGGUGAGCCCGGAGCGGACAGAGGUUCAGGAGGGCUCCACCGUGCGGCUCUACUGCCGCGGCUCAGGGUCACCCCCUGCCACCCUCACCUGGGAGAAGCAGGGGGGAACCUUACCAGCACAGGCCCGCACUGAGGACGGGGACAUUGCCACCCUGCUGCUCCCCGCUGUCACCGCCGAUGAUGCCGGCAUCUACUUCUGCGUGGGCACCAGCGCCACCGGCACCGCCCGCGCCGCCAUCCAGGUGGCUGUGGUGGCAGGGUCAGCGCCGCCUGUCCGCAUCGAGUCCUCGUCCCCAUCUGUCACCGAGGGACAGAGCCUGGACCUCGACUGCCUGGUGGCAGGAUCGGGCCCUGCCACUGUCACCUGGUACAAGCGCGGCGGCUCUUUGCCUGCUGGCCACCAGGUUUCAGGGUCCCGUCUCCGUGUCCCCCAUGUGACAGCGGCUGAUUCUGGGGAGUACGUGUGCCGGGUGACACUGGGGACCAGUGCCCGUGAGGCCUCUGUCAUUGUCACUGUUGUGGCUGCAGCUGGAUCGUCCUAUGGGCCACCAGCUUCAAGUGUCCCAGUACACAUCGAGGCCUCCUCAUCCACUGUGGCUGAGGGACAGACUCUGGACCUCAACUGCGUGGUGGCAGGACAGGGACAGGCCACUGUCACCUGGUACAAGCGUGGGGGUGCUCUGCCUGCCAAACACCAGGUGUCGGGAUCCCGGCUGCGCCUGCUGCAGGUGACAACAGCCGACUCGGGCGAGUAUGUGUGCCGGGUGACCAGCGGGGCCACCACCAAGGAAUCUGCUGUCAUGGUGACAAUCCAGCCCAGUGGGGCCAGCCCCUACCCCUCUGGUGGCACAACCCCCCUGCGCAUCGAGUCCCCGUCCUCCAGCGUGACCGAGGGUCAGACCCUGGACCUCAACUGUGUCAUUGCCAGCCCUGCACAGGCCACUGUCACCUGGUACAAGCGUGGGGGGGCCCUGCCCGCCAAGCACCAGGUGUUGGGCUCCCGGCUGCGCCUGCUGCAGGUGACAGCAGCCGACUCGGGCGAGUAUGUGUGCCGGGUGACCAGCGGGGCCACCACCAAGGAGACCUCCAUCAUGGUGACAAUCCAGCCCAGUGGGGCCAGCACCUACUCCCCAGGUGGCACGACCCCCCUGCGCAUCGAGUCCUCGUCCCCAUCAUCGCCGGUGGCUGAGGGUCAGACCCUGGACCUCAACUGUGUCAUCGCCAGCCCUGCACAGGCCACUGUCACCUGGUACAAGCGUGGGGGGUCCCUGCCCCCGAAGCACCAGGUGUCGGGCUCCCGGCUGCGCCUGCUGCAGGUGACAACAGCCGACUCGGGCGAGUACGUGUGCCGGGUGACCAGCGGGGCCACCACCAAGGAGACCUCCAUCAUGGUGACAAUCCAGCCCAGUGGGGCCAGCACCUACCCUGCUGGUGUCACCCCCCCAGUGCGCAUUGAGUCCUCAUCCUCCUCGGUGGCCGAGGGACAGACCCUGGACCUCAACUGCCUGGUGGCAGGGCAGGGACAAGCCACUGUCACCUGGUACAAGCGUGGGGGGGCCCUCCCAGGCAAGCACCAGGUGUCAGGCACCCGCCUGCGCAUCCCCCAGGUGACAGCAGCUGACUCAGGGGAGUACGUGUGCCGGGUGACAUCAGGCGGUGUCACUCACGAGACAUCCCUCAUCGUCACCAUCCAGACUGGUGCUGGCUCCUCCUACGCCGUCGGCGUCACGCCACCUGUGAGGAUUGAGACCUCAUCUGCUGCUGUCACCGAGGGACAGACCCUGGACCUCAACUGCAUGGUGGCAGGACAGGGACACCCCCACGUCACCUGGUACCGGCGUGGGGGGGCUCUGCCCCCCAACAGCCAGGUGUCGGGCACCCGCCUGCGCCUCUCCCAGGUGGCAGUGGCUGAUUCAGGGGAGUACGUGUGCCGGGUCACCCUGGGGACUGUCACACAGGAGGCUUCUGUCAUUGUCACCGUGCCCAGCAGCGCCGGCACCUAUUACACCUCUGGUGUCACCCAGCCCCUACGCAUCGAGUCCUCGUCCUCAGCCAUCGCCCAGGGACAGACCCUGGACCUCAACUGCCUGGUGGCAGGGUCGGGCCCUGCCACUGUCACCUGGUACAAGCGUGGUGGCUCCCUGCCCACGGGCCACCAGGUGUCAGGCACCCGCCUGCGCAUCCCCCAGGUGACAGCGGCUGAUUCCGGGGAGUAUGUGUGCCGGGUGACAUCGGGUGGUGUCACACAAGAAACGUCGCUCGUUGUCACCAUCGAUGAUGGAGCCAACCCAUCCCACUCUGCCAGUGUCACACCCCCCAUCCGCAUCGAGUCCUCGGCAUCCUCUGUCACUGAGGGACAGACCCUGGACCUGGACUGCUUGGUGGCCGGCCAGGGACAGGCCACCAUCACCUGGUACAAGCGUGGGGGGUCCCUCCCGGCCAAGCACCAGGUUUCAGGGUCCCGCCUGCGGCUGUCACAGCUCUCAGUGGCCGACUCAGGGGAGUACGUGUGCCGGGCAGACACGGGCAGUGUGUCCCGCGAGGCCACUCUCACUGUCACUGUCACCUCCCGUGACAGCUCCAGCUACCGUCUGCAGAGCCCCAUUAUCUCCAUCGACCCACACAGCAUGGCAGUGGCACCGGGUGAAGAUGCCACCUUCAAGUGCCGCGUCCAUGAUGGUGCCCGGCCCAUCAACAUCACUUGGCGGAUGGGACCUGGCCAACAUCUCCAAGACAAUGUGAAGAUCAGCUCCAAUGGCUCGGUCAUCUCCAUCUCUGGUGCCCACGUGGGCAACCAGGGCGCCUACCACUGCGUGGCCUCCAACCGCUUCGGUGUCGCCAGCAGCGUUGUCAACCUCCUGGUGCAAGGUGCACCCACGGUGUCAGUGAUGCCCCCAGGCCCCGUGACGGUGCAGGAGGGCAAAUCCCUCAGCGUGGAGUGCCUGGGCCGGGGCGAACCGCGGCCUCUGGUGCGCUGGAGCCGCCCGGGCUCCCGGCAGAAGGUGGAGCACCAAACGCUGCUGCACAUGGACAGCCAGGCCAUCCUGCAGCUCUCCCCAGCCAAGCCGGAGCACGCCGGGACCUACGUCUGCACGGCGCACAGCGCCCUGGGCUCGGCACAAGCCCGGGUGGACAUCAACGUGGAGACGGGGCAGCGGCACCCCGGAGCCCCCGAGGUCACCGUACCACCCGCUGUCACUGUGGUGGCAGGGGACACCGCCACGCUGCACUGCACGGCCAGAGGAGAACCGGAGCCCCAGGUGGAGUGGUCGAAGCUGCGGGCGCCGCUGCCUUGGCAGCACCGGGUGGAGAACGGGAGCCUGGUCAUCCCCCGGGCUGCCCAGCAGGACUCAGGACAGUACAUCUGCAAUGCCACCAGCCCCACUGGCACUGCCCAGGCCUUUGUCGCCCUCCACGUGGAGACACCACCAUAUGCCACCAGCCUGCCAGAAGACAGCAUGGUGCGUGCUGGCGACGCGCUGCAGGUGCAGUGUGUGGCCCAUGGCACCCCCCCACUGCUCUACACUUGGGACAAGGUCAAUGGUAACCUCUCUGAACGCGUCAUCCACCGUGCCGGCCUUCUCCGCAUCAGCCCCGUCUUCCCCGACGAUGCCGGCACCUACCGCUGCCGCGUCACCAACCGCGUCGGCACCGCCGAGACCUUCGCCCGGGUGGUUGUCCACGGUGACACAGGUGACAGUGGCAGCGGUCCCCUGACGGUGCGGGUGACACCGGGGAGCCUGGUGAAAGGGGUGGGUGGCACGGCCGAGUUCGCCUGCAGCGUCUCGGGGGACCCCCGGGCACGCCUGGAGUGGCUGAAGGAGGGGGGGGAGCUGCCCCCCAGCCACAGCGUGCGGGACGGAGUGCUGAGGAUGCCGGAGCUGGCGUGGGGGGCGCAGGGGGUGUACGUGUGCCGGGCCAGCGCCCCGGGGGGACACGCAGAGGACAGGGUCACCCUCACCGUUCAGGCUCUCCCCAAGGCCGUGAUCAACAUACGGACAGCAGUGCAGACGGUGCUGGCAGGGACAGCAGUGGAACUGGAGUGCCUGGGCUUGGGUGACCCCCGUCCCCACGUCACCUGGAGCAAAGUGGGGGGUCGGAUCCGUCCCGGGGUGCUGGUCCGGGAUGGCACCCUCACCAUUGAGCGGGUGGAACGGGCGGACGCCGGGCAGUACCGCUGCACUGCCACCAACACCGUGGGCACCGUGCAGUCCCACCUCAUCCUCCGUGUACAAGCUGCCCCCCAGGUCUCCAGUCAUCCAGAUGUGAAAGAGGUCUCAGUGGGUUCCUCAGCUGUUUUACCCUGCUUGGCAUCUGGUUUCCCAGUGCCAGAGAUCACCUGGAGCAAGCUGGAGGGGGAGCUGCCAGCAGGGGCCAGGGUGGAGGGGAACGUCCUGACACUGCCAGCUGUGAGCCAUGAGGACUCUGGUGUCUACAUCUGUGCUGCCACCAACCAGCGAGGCCAGGAGAAGGCAUACUAUGUCCUGAGGGUGCGAGAGAGCCUGGUCCCCUAUUUUGGGCAGACACCCCGCUCCUUCCUCCCCCUGCCCACCAUCAAGGAUGCCUACAAGAGGUUUGAGAUCCUCAUCACCUUCCGACCUGAUGCUGCUGAUGGUCUCCUCCUCUACAAUGGGCAGCAGAAAAACAGCGGCGCCGACUUCAUCUCCUUCGGCUUGGUGGACGGACGCCCCGAAUUCCGGUUUGAUGCCGGGUCGGGCAUGGCCACCAUCCGUCACCCCACGCCGCUGCGGCUGGGUCAGUACCACACCGUCCGGCUGCGCCGCAACCUCACCCGGGGGUCUCUGGAGCUGGAGGGGCACCCCCCGGUCAAUGGCACCUCCCAGGGGAAAUUCCAAGGGCUGGAUCUGAAUGAGGAGCUGUACCUGGGGGGUUACCCCGAUUUCAGCGCCUUGGCCAAGACGGGGCUCAGCACCGGGUUUGUGGGCUGCGUGCGCCAGCUUCGCAUCCAAGGAGAGGAGGUGGCCUUUGGGGACAUGGACCUGCAGGCGCACGGGGUCACCAACUGUCCCACCUGCCAGGAUCAGCCGUGCCAGAACGGUGGUGUGUGCCAGGACGCCGAGAGUGGCACCUACAUCUGCCGCUGUCCCCACGGCUUCACCGGCAGCAACUGCGAGUACUCACAGGCUCUGCAUUGUCACCCGGAGGCCUGUGGGGCUGAUGCCACCUGUGUCAACCGGCCGGACGGGCAGGGCUACACCUGCAGAUGUCACCUGGGCAAGGCUGGGGAGAGGUGCACUGAGGGUGAGACGGUGACCGUGCCAUCCUUCGGUGAGGAGGGGGCCUUCGUCUCCUACCCACCCCUCACCAACAUCCACCAUGAGCUGCGGGUGGAGGCCGAGUUCCUGCCGCUGGCACCCGAGGGGCUCCUGCUCUUCAGUGCUGGCAAAGCUGCCCCCGUGGAGGACUACGUGGCCUUGGCCAUGAUUGGUGGCCACCUCGAGUUCCGCUAUGAGCUGGGCUCAGGCCCGGCCGUUCUCCGGAGCGUGGAGCCGGUGGCCCUGGGCCGGUGGCACGCGGUGACAGCCGAGCGGGUGCAGAAGGACGGGACCCUGGUGGUGGACGGUGACAGCCCUGUCACCCGCUCCUCCCCCGGCAAGAGCCAAGGCCUCAACCUGCGCAGCCCCCUCUACCUGGGGGGCAUCGAGCCCCCCCACCGACCCCCCACCAACACCUCCUUCCGCGGCUGCAUUGGAGAGGUGACCAUCAACGGGAAGAGGCUGGAGCUGGCUGAGGGUUUCCUGCGGGCACGGGGGGUGGGACAGUGCGGGCAGCACUCCCCCUGCCUGCCCACCCCCUGCCUGCGGGGUGCCCGCUGCCUCCCCCUGCCCCCCAGCACCCCAGGACCUGCCUUCCGCUGCCUCUGCCCCCCUGGCUUUGGUGGGCCUCGCUGUGAGUGGGAGGAGAAUCGGUGCCUGCACCCCAGCCCCUGCCUGAACGGUGGCACCUGCAGGGACAACGCCUGCCUGUGCCCCCCCGGCUACACCGGCCCCUCCUGCCAGCACCGACUGGCGCUGGAGCUGGACCAGGACUGGCAGGAGGGCAGUGGGGGUGGCGAUGCUCCUGGCCAGUUCAGUGUUGCAUUCCAGGAUGGAUCCUACCUGGCCCUGCCCGGUCACCUCUUCCCCCGUGGCCCCCCCGAGGCCCCUGACAUGCUGGAGCUGGAGGUGAGGACGAGCAGCUCCGAGGGGCUGCUGCUGUGGCACGGGGAGGAGCCCAGCCAGGGUGGCAAAGCCCGAGACUUCGUUGGCCUUGGCUUGAAAGAUGGGCACCUGGUGUUCAGCUACCAGCUGGGCAGUGGCGAGGCCACCAUCGUCUCUGAAGAUCCCAUCAAUGAUGGGGAGUGGCACAGGGUGACAGUGACAAGGGAGGGCCGGCGUGGGUGGCUGCAGGUGGAUGGUGAGGAGCCAGUGAGUGGGGAGUCACCAGGAGCCAACGUGAUGGCCAACACCCAGGGGAACAUCUACGUGGGAGGUGCCCCAGACCCCCUGACGCUGACAGCCUCCAAGUUCCCCUCUGGCAUCACGGGGUGCGUGCGGGGUUUGGUGCUGGCACCCGCCGGGACCCCCCGCUACCCCAUAGACCUGCGGCAUGGUGCGGUGGGGGGUCCCCCCGCCCCCCCCUGCCCCUCCUAACACCCCCCCCCUCCCUUCCCAAAGCCAUUCUGGGGGGAAUUUGGCCAAUUUCAUCAUUUUCCAAAAAAAAACCCAAAACCAAACAACCAGGAGGAAACGGUGCUUUGCUGCCCCGGGGUGGCCCCCCCGGGGGGAGGGGGGGGGCUGGGACCCCAAAAAUGUUUACACACACACACACACACAACCCCCCCACCCCCUUUUCCCGGCCCCCUGAGACUGUGGUGGGGCGGCCGGGCCGCCCGCAGCCCCCGGGGUGGGGGGUGCUGGGGGGACCCCCACGGGGACAGCCAUUAAAGGAGAGAGAACUGCCA